GCAGUGGCAGUGGCAGAGACUGCGUGCCGGGUGCACAGAGGGCAGAGAUGCGAGGCCGGGAAGAACCUGGGGGUUCGCAUAGACGUCGAGAUUGUUACGGCUAUCGACCAAGUAAGGCGGAGCAGCUCAUCUCCGCCCGCUGAACCCUGUCUGGCGCCCCAUCUUUCCUCAUGGGACCCUUUUGAGCAUUUCCCACUCGCAUGCCGUCGCCCUCCAUCCCUACCGUGCCCCAAUGAGCCGUCCCAGAUGAGUUGGAAUCUGCUAGAGCGCUUUAUAGAAUCUGAGCACUUCAACCAAGAUCCGAGCCUCGCAGUAGCAUACCUGGCCCGGUAUGCAGACCACGUCGGAAUCCACUAUGUGCUCUGUUCCAAGCUGCGCCAGUUCGCCUACGAGGAGCUCGAGUUCUUCCUCCCGCAGCUAUGCCACCUCCUCAUCAGCAUCGACAAUGAGUCCAUGGCCCUGGAGGAGUUCAUCAUCGACUUGUGCGAAGAGUCCGUCAACGGCGCUCUGCUGACCUUCUGGCUGUUCCAGACCUAUCUCCACGACCUUGCAAACGCCCCAAACUCAAUCGCCUUCAAGACCUGUCGCCGCAUAUACAACCGCGUCCAGCGCAUUGUCUUUGGCUCCGCCGAGCCCUCGCGGCGGGAGAAGAUCAAGGAGAACGUCUUGCCUGUGAGCGUGCUCUCCAGUCUGGUCCUGGCGAGCAUCGCCGCCCCGUUCCUCCCAGCUCACGCCGGUCCAUUGGCCAUUGCGCAGGCGCGAAAACCCAGGCCCGUCGAGGACAUCAUCUCGGACAAUGUGCAGACGGCAAAGGUGGGGAGGAGCAAGACGGUCACGGGAGGCUCGCCAAGGCCCAGGCAAAAGCGCUCGACACAACAACACUCGGACCCUGAGGAUGGACGAACAGGCAGAUCGGCUUCGCAGCGCCCGCGCGAGCUGCGCGACCCCAAGGAUCUGAGGAAGCAGGCCGCCCGACCCCUCAACACCCAGCGGGCACCCUCCGCCCAUCACCGUCCCUCGCUGCUGUCAAUAGCAUCCGAAGCCCGCCUCAGUUCGUCUUCCUUGCCCGACUUUCGCGAUGCCAGCACCUCUCCCCUCCCUACCCCACCCGCCACUGCUGGCCUCGGACCAAGUCCGCUCCAACUCGGCCCUCGCAGACAUCUCGCGCAGCAACCAAGACCCCUGUCGCCAACUGCCCUGUCCCGCGCACAGAAAAUACGCCUAUUGCGAUCCAAUUACUUUAGAAACGAAACCCAGUUCUUGAGUGCUCUUGAGGACAUUUCGAAUCGUUUGGUCGUUGUACCCAAGCCUGCACGGCUGAGUGCUCUGAGAGCCGAACUGGCGCUAAUAGCCCAGGACUUGCCAGCUGAAGUCGAUAUCCCGCUACUGUCGCCUCCGACGUUGAAAGAUGGCAUUCCUUCGCAAAGUCGGCACCACCGAAUAGUCCGCAUUAACCCCGCCGAAGCCACCAGCCUCAACAGUGCGGAGCGAGUACCAUAUCUGCUCAUGGUCGAGGUGCUGGAAGAAGACUUUGAUUUUGACCCAGACACGGAGCAAAAUCAGCAGUUACUCGAGAAGCUGAUGCUGGAAAAGGGCACUUCAAGACGGCGUCUGUUUGACAUUACGAACGCCGAAUACCUUGCAUACGACCGAACGCCACCAAACGGAUCAGACAGCGUAUUCGAACCAGUAACCGGAGAUCUCGGCAGUACCUCGCUUAUCAAGGAUACGGAUGAGACGGACAUUGCCUCAGGACUAGCAAGAAUAACCUUGCCUCCUCCAACCGCAAUCGGCAAAAUCCCGGCACCCAGGUCUUCGAGUGGCGCCAACACCUUGUCAUCUGUGGCUACCAUGUCUACACCGCGGACGUCAGACUCACAGAUCAGCCGCUCAGCCAGCCCUAUCCCUAGUAGGCGAAUGACGAUCCCAGCCAAUUUGAAUCGAGCAAACCAGGCUGCCGACCAGCCAGACUUUUCUGCUCUGGCAACUCACAUGCGCACGGCUGCUCAGAUGCUGGCACAACUGGAAGCAAGCGGUGCAAAGCGGCCAAAGGGCGAGGUAGCGGCAAUCAAGGCCAAGAUUAUUGCAAGCAUGCAGAGCCUGGAGGAGCAAAAUUUCCUGAGCGAAGAUCAGGGUCCGACUUUUGAUACCAUCAUGGCAGAGUCAGAUCCAGCUGCAAUCACAGCAGACCCCGAAGUUCUUGACGAUGACUUGGCGGUUUCUCCCAAUACGGGUGCGGGUGCUGCUCGUAUGGAGAAUGACUUGAAGACUGGUGGGAUGCGGCGGAAAGGUGACCGGGACGAUCCUAGUGCUGCAACGUUUGGAGAAGAGUGGAGCGCAAAGCGAGAACGUAUACGGCGAUCUUCACCAUAUGGACACAUGAAGAAUUGGGACCUGAUCAGUGUCAUUGUCAAGACAGGGGCGGAUCUACGGCAGGAGGCAUUCGCUUGCCAGCUUAUCGAAGUCUGCGCCAAGAUUUGGGAAGAAGCUGAUGUGCCCGUUUGGACGAAGCGUAUGCGCAUCCUCGUUACUGGUGAAUCCGGCGGCCUCAUUGAAACGAUUACCAACGGCGUCUCCCUACACUCUCUCAAACGAAGCUUGACACUUGCCAGCAUCGCAGCAGGCAACAAUCCCCGGAAACGCAUAGCAACCCUCAAGGACCACUGGCUCAAAACGUUUGGAGAUCCUGAUUCAGAAGCUUACAUUUCUGGUGUGGCGGCCUUUGGUCGCUCGCUAGCGGCUUACAGCAUCAUCUGCUACGUACUACAGCUCAAGGACCGUCACAACGGCAACUUGCUCAUUGACAACAUGGGUCACAUAAUCCAUAUUGACUUUGGUUUUAUGCUUUCCAACUCGCCUGGCUCCAUGGGUUUUGAAGCUGCACCCUUCAAGCUGACACAAGACUACGUCGAUGUCCUUGGCGGAAUUGGGUCACCUCCUUUUGAAGAGUUCAAGACGCUAUGCAAGAAGGCGUUCCAAGCAUUAAGGAAGGAUGCCGAGAGGCUCAUUAUGCUUGUCGAGUUGAUGAGCAAGCAGAGCAGUAUGCCGUGCUUUGCUGCCGGUGCAGCCAGUGUAACAAAUAGUUUGCGGGCAAGGCUUAUGCUGCAUUUGAGCAAGGAAGAAGCAGAAAGCUUUGUCGAAGAACUUGUUGCAAAGAGUGUGGGGAGUUAUUAUACCCGACUUUACGAUACCUUCCAGUACCGCACGCAAGGCAUUUACUAAGACAUGUUCCUCUGACAUUUGCUCGGGCGACGUGUCGUCCGUCUUAGGGGCAUUUGGGCUUUUGAGCAUGAGCAUAAGCAUUGCCUAUUGCAGUCACAGUCUCUUCUUCGUCUUGUAUUUCUUAUUCUUUGGUAGUAGGUUCGUACAUUGUAAAGACAGUCAUGCCCAAGCUUUGCCUUUUUUUCUUUCUUGAAUAGAUCAGGCAAUAAUGAAGGCAUUGGCAUGUGCAGGAAUACAAACUUUUUUUUUCUGGUGAAUAUAUACAUAUGUAUUCGG